AUGGCGCUGGAGCCGCGGCGCUACGACCGCAUCCUAAACGAGGCGCCGGAUGAUGUUUUGGGCCUUAUUUUUGGCUUCCUCCUCUUCGAGGCGUCGACGGACGACGGCGUGCGCGCCCCGCCGCCUCCAUUGCUGCAGCAGUCACCGGCCGACACCAUGCUCGGACUCACGGAGCACGCGGACCUCGCGAAAUUAAGAGAGAGCGUCGUGGUCGCGUCGAGACUCGCGGUCGUGGCGCAGCGGUGGCGCAAUACUACGAGACGCGCGGGCGCGGUCGCGUCGCUCGUGCUGCGGCACGACAAACUUUGCGAGGCCUUCGACUCGGGCAACGACGCGGCAUUGAUUUCGCUGACGGCGGACUGUCGGCGAGUCUGGUUCCGCGACGAUGGAAGUGGAGCCUUCCGCAAAGGCGUCGAGUUCGAGAAGUGGCUUUGGGGCAAAAUUCUGCCGCUAGCUAGUUACCUCGCGCUGCGGUGCUGCGGGUGUCCGGCUCUGGGUCAACUGGGGUUGCGGACGCUCGUGACCCUGGAUUUGGGCUCGGGCUUCGGCCGCUGCGGUCUGACGGACGUGGGACUCGACUACUUAGGAAGGGCGUGGCGGACGGGCUCGCUUCAUGCGCUGGUCGAGCUCGAUCUCCAACAGUCGCGCGUGUCGACGGCGGGCGUAUGCGCGUUGUGCGCGGACCUCCCAUCCAAUCUAGCGUUGACACGCCUCGACGUGUCGCGGUGCCGCAUCGAUGACGCGGCCUUCGUAGCCAUCUUCCGCGCCGGCUUCAACGCCUUGAAAAUCCUGCACGCGGACGAGAUUCCGCCGCUGACCGAUGCGAUGCUCGAGCCGCUACGCGACGCGGCGUGCUGCCCGGCGCUCGUCGCGUUCUUUUUGCGGGGCAUCAAGCACCACGGCCGCGUCACGGUUCAGGGCGUCGAUGACGUGCUCGUCGCGAGAGGUUUACCACCAAUGGACCGGCGGGGCCCCGGGCUGCCGGGACUCCACGGCGACGAGCUCGAGAUCCUGGGCGCCUUUGCCACCGGGGCGGCGCCGCCACCGCCGUGGGACUCCUCCCCCGAGACACUCGUCGACGGCGCUCCGGAGACUGUGCUGUGGGAUUCUAACUACUAG